GCGAGGUGUCGGAGCCGUUUCCCAGUUUAGUCAGGGGUUCUGAGAACUAAGGUCACGUUUCCGCUGUGGCUGCCAUCAAACUUUAGUUAGCUGUUUUUCUGUUCUUACACCGAGAGCCGCCGUUAUGUCCAAUAACAACGCCAGCAGCAACUUAAUCAUCGCCCAGAGGGCCGUGAAGCAGCUCCGGUUAGAGGCCAGUACCCGGAGGAUCAAGGUAUCCCAGGCUGCUGCUGACCUGAAAAACUUCUGCCUGCAGAAUGCAUCCAAGGACCCGCUCCUCAUGGGGGUCCCCUCCAGCGAUAAUCCCUUCAGACCCCCAAAGUCUUGCUCACUGUUCUGAGCAGCAGAAGGAACAUGAAGGAUUUUCUGGACCUGUCCGUUGAAGCUUCACUUCUCUUCUCAUCGACUUCAUGGUAAACCUGCCUGCAGCUCCUCAUGGGAAGGGAGGGAGAGCCGAUUUCCAUCUUGUUUGCCAAAACUAAUGGUAUCCUAUCCUCCAUCUGUUACGUGAAAGCAUGGCCAAACUACUCAACAAGCAAGCAGAAGACGUUCCUGACACUAACGUGACUAAUGAUUAAUCUGGGUUUGCCUAAGUGCCCAACAUGUCCGGCAUCUAUUUACAGACUGUUACCGCUGUUUGUUAUUUUCAGUCGUGUUGUGAAGGGCAGGUGGAAGGAUAAUCAAACAUGGAUUUAUAAUAGCUUAUCUUCCAUCCACACUUUUGUAUUUAUCUCUGUGAAACACAACAACAAAAACAAAAAAAACUACUAAUAUUGUUGGCCAACAAACUAAACUGGUGCCUUUUUCAAUGUUUGUGUAUAUAAGCGGAAAAUAAACUGGUUUUGUGGACCUUAGGUACUAAGGCAUGACACAGGCUUUAUCUUGGAGCAAGCGAUGGGUUAAUCUUUCAUUUUCUUGUUACUUUAACUCACCUAUCUAUAGCUAUAUUUUAGACUCUUUUAAGUUUCUCCUUCUUUAUGUUGAAUCUUUCUAUUUAAGGUAAAAACACAUGAUGGCCUUACACUAUGUGGAUUAGUGGUAACAACCUUAACUUAUUGCACAAAUCCUUGUGUCUGUGUUGGAAUCCUUGGGUUAUGUUUGUAUUUAAUGUUUUUUUUUUCACGCUGGAAUCAAGCAUCAAUCAACCAAAAAUCUUUCCUGCUGAUGAAGAAAUCUGUCUUUUCAGACACUGAUGAAUUGCUGCAUCUAACUUUAUAUACAUAUAUAUAUAAAAAAAAAAAAGUGUAUCAAAAACUAUUGUUAAAGCAUUACUUUAUAAUUGCUGACUGCUUUUUCAAAGACAGGAAGUGAGUAUUUAAUUAAAAGGUGCGUUUAAUUUGGUGCUUUUCCACUUAUGUAAUUUGUGUGAAGUUAUUUUUAAGUUGGAUGUAGAUUUGAAAAGUGGAUGUCAUUUAAUUGUGAAUUGGAUCUUUUUUUGUGAAGGCAAACUGCUGGAUUAAAUGUGUUUAAUAUUCUCACAUCCCAUAAAUCUGCAUAAAGAAUAACUCUUACCUGUCAGCUUGAUUUGUGAUAAAUGCAUCAUGUUUGUAUGGAAGGAAAUAAAUAAAAAUGUAUACAAGCAAAA